AUGGCUGAAGACGAAGACGACUACCUGUCGGACAAGUUCCUCGCUGACCUUAAUGCUGCCUCGUCGUCGGAACCCAAGACUUACUCUGCGAGGCGUAAGGAGGCAGAGAAGAAGGCGAAGUUAAAGCAAGAGCAGAAUCGCAUCAAGAGCCGCCGUCAGCUGGAGCUCGAGUCUCGGGAGGCGGGCUUGAGCAAGAGCCUGUUCGAGCGAGCGAAGGAGGAGGAGGCGACUGUCGGGAAAGGAAACAAGGCGCUGGCUAUGAUGAUGAAGAUGGGGUUCAAGCCCGGCCAGUCGCUCGGACAGGUGCAUGAUGAGCCCGCACCGGAGGCAGCAUCUGUAACUCCGGAACGCGCUGUUUCCAGUACGCCAGAAGUGGAGGUGAAAGAGAGCUCGGCAGAACCAUCGAGAGAUGGUACGCCUUUUGAGUCUAUGACCAGAGGCUUGGGCUCUGGUAUCAAACACAGGACGGAGCCGCUACCUCUGAAUGAGUGGGCUGGGAAGAAGGGUAUUGGCUCACUGAAGCGUGGCCCGUCUCCCUCGUCAUUGGAGAGAAUGGCGAAGAUGGCUAAGACUACUGAGGCGGUCGAUCAAGAUACCUUUCGCAGCCGCGCGAGGGAAGAUUACUUGGAACGACGGGCUGAAGGUCGCUUAGCUCCCGCUCAAGCCACUUGCGUGAGCCUUGACGAGAAGGCAGGCAAGGCUUUCAACGUCUUGUGGCUGAAUCCCAACAACCCCGACGCCUUCCCGGAGGAACUCAUGAAUGCACUGCCGGAGGAGCCGGUGGUCGCAAAGACGCGUCGGCGACAAGAGCAGGAGACCAUCGAGGCCCGUUUGCGCAAGCAAAUGAAGGCCGAUGCGCUGCAGCCUUUGUCUCCCGAAGAUGACUCUCCUUCUAAAGUGGCAGAAAGGGAUCAGGCGCAGCUAACGCCGGAGCAGUUAGAAGAAGCUGUCAAGUUCUUGAGCCAGAGUGCUCAGCAGCGGCUGGCGGCAGUUUUGUCAUAUUUGCGAUCCGAAUACUCGUACUGUUUCUGGUGCGGGUGCCAGUACAAUGACGCCGAAGAUUUGCAGCAGAACUGCCCCGGCGAGAACGAGGAAGAUCACGACUGA